AUGACAACGAUAAAAACGCCAGGAUCUAUUCCAGAGAACUUAACUGCAACUCAUACAUCCAUUACCACUAACUUAAGAAUUCAGAAAGAACAAGCACAAUUAGCACGCUCAAAACCAACAUAUAUCCAUGACAUAAUCAUUCAAAAUGAUAAUCAAAAACAAUGGGAUAUAUUGCUUUUGCCGCCUCGCCCACCGUAUAACGAUGGCAUGUUUCGAUUACGCUUAACCUUCCCCAAUGAUUAUCCAUUCAAACCACCUCACCUACGUUUUGUUACACCAAUCUAUCAUCCAAAUAUCGAUGAAAAGGGACAAAUGUGCUUGGCAAUUUUGCAAUAUGACAACUGGAAACCGGGAACAAACAUUGAGAGCAUAAUACAAUCAUUGAUGUUCCUACUCAACGACCCAGAACCUGAACGUCCACUUCGUCAUCAAAUCGCUGAACAAAUUUAUAAGGAUAAACAAACAUUUAUAAAUGAAGCCAUUGAAUAUACCAAGAAAUAUGCCGAGAAAAAACCAUGA